AUGGAGGAACUCCAGUGGCGCCCAUCAAGGACAGCUUCUCGGAGGCGCCACGAGCGCCGACACAGCCACGAUGACGACGGACUACACAAUCAGAUCAACAGACGCAGGACCAGUGUGAAAGGGAGCACAAGACACCUCGGCAUGGCCCAUGGACCUCUCGGCCCCCUAGAAGAGGGCCCAGCCCUCCGCUCCAAGCAUCAGAAUGACGAGUACAUUCAAUCUUGGUUACAACAGACCCAGGCCCGCUCUUCCCCUCUCCCCGGGCUAGAACGCCACGGAGGGCAACCUCGGGCCGGAUCCCUCGCGUACAGGCAUGGGAAGAGAUCUAGGUCUCCGUCAGAGGCUGGUCUGCCGUCACCAGGCACAGCCAAACAAGCUGAGCCGAGCAAUCGGAUACCGAGGACUAGCCGCAUAUCAGAAAGCCUCACGCGCAAGGCUUCGGAGCCCCGAAAAUCGAAGACGAAGCUCAACAAGAGCCAGAAAGAGGACAAGGAACUGGAGGAGCUUGCUGCAUUUUUCUCCCGCAGAACGUCCCAGACGAAAGCCAGGGCUAGGGAGCCCGACCCUGCGUAUCAUGCGAGGCGUUCACGACGUAUCCUCAGCAACAAGGAGACGCUGGGCUACCGCUGGCAGGAGAGCAAGCAAUGA